GUGAUGAACAUGGACGGGACGGGACGACGGGUUCUGGUGGAGGACAAACUCCCUCACAUCUUUGGCUUCACUCUUCUUGGCGACUUCAUCUACUGGACCGACUGGCAGCGCCGCAGCAUCGAGCGCGUCCACAAACGCACCGCCGAGAGAGAGUUCAUCAUCGACCAGCUGCCCGACCUCAUGGGCCUCAAGGCCACCUACGUGCACAAGUCCUUCGGUACGAACCCGUGUGCGGAGAAUAACGGCGGCUGCAGCCACCUGUGUCUCUACAAGCCUCAGGGCGUCCAGUGCGGCUGUCCCAUCGGCCUGGAGCUCAUCGCCGACAUGAGGACCUGCAUCGUCCCCGAGGCCUUCCUGCUCUUCUCCCGCCACACCGACAUCCGCCGCAUCUCCCUGGAGACCAACAACAACAACGUGGCCAUCCCGCUCACCGGCGUCAAGGAGGCCUCGGCGCUCGACUUCGACGUCACCGACAACCGGAUCUACUGGACGGACAUCACUCUGAAGGUGAGGCUCAGAGAGCGGGGACGUGUGCGGACGGACGUCCUGCUGGUUGGCUGGAGGCCGGCAGGGAGGAGCAGUAAUGGGCUCCCAGGAGACACCGGG